GCUGCCAAUCUCAGACAAAGGCCGCCCCGAGGAUCAUGUGGUGCAGCGGAGGAAGUGCGGCUUGUUUUUUGCGCUCGGUGUUGGGCCACUGGCAGGGCUCGAUGCCCCGAGAUCCCCGUGGGGGCGGCGGCUGCGAGCCCCGAUGAGGCGCGGGCGCCCCCGGCCGGAUGGAGUCGUCGCGGUGGGACGCGGCGCGCAACGACUCGCUGCCGCCCACGCUGACCCCCGCCGUGCCCCCGCACGUGAAGCUCGGGCUCACGGUGGUCUACACUGUGUUUUAUGCGUUGCUUUUCGCCUUCAUCUACGCGCAGCUCUGGCUGGUGCUGCGCUACCGGCACAAGCGGCUCAGCUACCAGAGCGUCUUCCUCUUCCUCUGCCUCUUCUGGGCCUCGCUGCGCACUGUGCUCUUCUCCUUCUACUUCAGGGACUUCGUGGCGGCCAACUCGCUGGGCCCCUUCCUCUUCUGGCUGCUCUACUGCUUCCCCGUGUGCCUUCAGUUCUUCACGCUCACGCUCAUGAACCUGUACUUCGCUCAGGUGAUUUUCAAAGCCAAGUCCAAGUAUUCUCCAGAAUUGCUCAAAUACCGGUUGCCCCCUUAUCUGGUCUCUCUCUUCACCAGUCUCAUCUUCUUGGUGGUGAACGUGACCUGCGCUGUGCUGGUGAAGACAGGAAACUGGGAUAGGAAGGUCAUCGUCUCCGUGCGAGUGGCCAUUAAUGACACACUCUUCGUGCUGUGUGCCGUCUCUCUCUCCAUCUGUCUCUACAAAAUCUCAAAGAUGUCCUUAGCCAGCAUUUACUUAGAAUCUAAGGGUUCCUCUGUGUGCCAAGUGACUGCCAUUGGUGUCACUGUCAUCCUGCUGUACACCUCCCGGGCCUGCUACAACCUGUUCAUCUUGUCCUUUUCUCAGAUCAAGAAUGUCCACUCCUUUGAUUAUGACUGGUACAAUGUAUCAGACCAGGCAGAUCUGAAGAAUCAGCUGGGAGAUGCUGGCUAUGUAGUAUUUGGAGUAGUGCUUUUUGUGUGGGAACUCUUGCCCACCACCUUGGUAGUUUAUUUCUUCCGAGUUAGAAGUCCCACAAAGGACCUCACCAAUCCUGGAAUAGUCCCCAGCCACGGAUUCAGUCCCAGAUCUUACUUCUUUGACAACCCUCGACGAUAUGACAGCGAUGAUGACCUUGCCUGGAACAUUGCCCCUCAGGGACUGCAGGGAAGCUUUGCUCCAGACUACUAUGAUUGGGGACAACAAACGAACAGCUUCCUAGCACAAGCAGGAACUUUGCAGCAAGACUCAACUUUGGAUCCUGACAGACCGAGCCACGGGUAGCAUCAGUUGGCUUUGUGGAAGGAAGAUGCCUACUGGAAAACUCCACAAAGAUAAACUGCAAGAUGAUCUUUAGGGCGCUUUUCCUUAAGAUAAAGGACUUGGGUUUUAUUAUAGGUUCCCAAGACUAAGCAAUUCUUUAGAUUCAUAGAUCCUAUUUUAGUACUAAUAAGUGAGCCUAUUUCACUGGGUAUAAUUUAAACUUUUAAAAAUCUGUACUUUUAUAAAGAUGUAUUUUAUAUAACUUAAUAAUAAUGCUAAAGUAUACUAGGGUUUUUUUUCAAGAAUGUUAUUGCAAUAUAUGUUGUAGUUUGCACAAGACUGUUAUGCAUAAUUCACUUUAAAACAACGUAAUAUAUGGUCUAAUAGUUUUUUUUUAAAAGCUUUUGGACUAAAGUAUUCCGCAAAUCCUUACCUCUAAAGGUCACUCAGACUCGUUCCAUCCUGAUAGACUACUGAAAUUCACUUGACAUAUGAUUCCAGUGUUCAAAGUCAAAAUGAAAUAGCUUUUCAUCAGUCUUUAAAGUAACUUGACUUUUUAGUAUAUUAAGGUCUAGAUGUUUUGUUUCAAAGGUUUUCUUGACAUUUUGCCAAAAGUCUGGUACUUUCUUUCAUCAGGGCACCAAUGUACACACUUCAGUGCUAACAGGUGGACCAUGUUAACAGUGUAGGUGACACUAUUAAACCUCCUGCUAUAAACAAAGUGACUGCGCAUAGUUUUUUCAGCUCAAAAUAUCUAUUACAUCAGAACUAUAGCAAGACUGUACAUUUCCAGCUCAGUGAGUGGUCACUGUUACCAAGGGAGAACCAAGAGCAUCCCAGGAGAGCAUUAUACCCCCCGUGCUGGUGUCAAAAAGACAGAAAUCCAGAUAGUUUUUUGUAACCGCCAACCAUUAAACCAUGGUUUUUAAGUAAAGGUCAUGAUCACACUAAGUCGUAUCUGUAGAAAGUCCUGCAUCUUUUAAUAUAGUGGUGCCUUCAUUCACAAAUGCUUGUUUGGGAAAACUUUAUGAACUCUGCAUCAGGUGGCAACUGCAGCUAUCUUUCCUACAUGAACAUGGCCAGAUCUUUUCUAGAUUCAUGGAAUGAAGUUAGUGACCCACUGUAUUUGGUUAGCAGAGGGCAGGUAUAUUUUAAGAGUACAGUGUUUGGGGCCAGGAAUUUAGCUCAGUGGCACAAGUGCCAGCCUGGCAAGUGUAAGGUCCUGAGUUUGAUUCCCAGUACCAAAAAAAGAAGAAAAAAUACAGUGUCACUAAAUUAUGUAACAGUAUCUACCUUAUAGUACAUAAACACUUUAUAAAAUAGAGAUAUACAGCAUUGUCAGAAACCAUAAUCUACUUUGAUAAAGCUGCUAGUAUUCAUACAAACUGUUAUUCUUUGUUGAAUAAAAAAAGAUGCAAAUGCC